CAUAAGCUUAUCUACCAUCAUAUACAUUGGUUGCCAGCACAUUAGUCAACUGAGAAGAUGGAUUCAUCAAUAUCCUACAAUGAUGAUGAGCAAAUUGAGAGUCAUAUAUCCUCGCAACAUCUGGAAAUGGCAUAUCAGGAAACCUUGCGUAACGGCGACCUUAUUAUUAAGGAUGAAGGCGCACGACGGCUGAGAUUGAGAAUCCUACUGCUGGAGAACGAGAAUGACGAUCUUCAUGAGCAACUCGCGCUGGCUGACGACCGAAUUGGUGGGCUAGAGCAAGAAGGCGAGGAGCUACGAGCACAAAUGGAAACAGCACAGGAGGUUACACGGCGACAAGAAUUAGAACUACGGAGUCAGACACGAGAGUUGAACAAUUUGAAGGCUGAGUUGGAAUCAAUGAAUGGCGUUACCAUGGACUCUACCAAGGUGCUGACCGAAAAGCUGGCCCUUGCACGGGAGCUUGCAACUCUAAAACCCGAGCUCGAGCAUCUCCGUUCUCAAGCGGCAUACCAACAGACCGUCUUAUCCGAAAAAUUAGCUUUGCAGCGGCGUGUCAGUACCCUAGAAGUGGAGCUUGAGACAGAAAAAAGAUCCUCGAAACGCGCAGCUGAGAAGAGCAAGAAUAAAGAGAAAGAGCUCGCUCUACAACAGCAAUUAGAGGAUAUACAGAAAGAGCUUGCUCAAGAAAAGCGUGAAAGGGAGAAGGCCAGCAAAGAGGCAGAGAAACAACUUGAGGCAGAGAGACGUGCCCUGAAAUCUGCAAUCGACAGGAGUAAAGAGAAAGAGAAAGAGCUUGAGUUACAAUAUCAGCAUCAGUUGGAACGUCUCCAAGAAGAGCUUACGCAGGAGAAAAAAGAAAGAGAGAAGGCUCGUAAAGAAGCGGAGAAGGAGCUGGCAGCCGAGAGAAGAGCAGCUAAACGAGCUGACGAGAAAAAUAGCAAUAAGACGGAGAGGCAGUUGGAAGAUCUUCAGAAAGAUCUAGACCAAGAGAGACGAGAGAAGGAAGAGGCACGAAAGCAAGCGGAGAAAGAAUUGAGCAAGUUAGAGACUCAAAAGACUUUGCUCGAAAGCAAACUGGAACAAAUGCGAACAAAGUUGCGUGCCACCAAGGAGCAACUUAACGAAUGCCAGACAGAGCUGGGCCAGGUUCGGGCAUCCAUGGCAAAGGGGUCGUCUGCAUCAUCGAGAGCUGAUAUCCCAGCUAAGAAUGCACGAAAGAGAACUGGCGUGGAUAUGAAUACCGAUAUCACCAUUGGAACCCCAGACGGAGCAGUAGCAGGCCGGGGGAAGAGGCCAGCAGUCAAAAGGGGUAGAAUUGAUCAAACAGUGGUCGGGGAGAAAUCGAUGUUUUCUAUUACGCCGUAUCUCAACCGUACAGUUAAUAUGGCCCCAGAAUCUCCGGUCCAGGAUGAUGACGAAAGUGCUGCCGAAGACGAAGAUGGAGCUUCCGGCCGGGCAGCUGGGGAUGUUCAUCAACUGAAGGAGACUUCUAUUGGCCGUAGACUGGAUGAUAAAUCAUCUACAGCUCUGGUCAAGUCUAAGCCGCAAAGUAAGACUGCCGAGAAAAGGUUGCCCGCCAAGAAGGUACUCUCAGAAACAGAUGCUGGCACCAGUAACAAAAAGCUUGGUCCGAAAUCGCGGAAAACUAGCACAUUGGAGAAAGUGAGCGAGGAAGGGGAGAAUGAUGAGAAUGAGGAGCCAGAUUCUGCUCCCACGGUCAUCGGAAUAGACGCAGAAAAGGGCAUUCCCAAGGUCUCAAAAGUGCAGAUGAAGAAUGUCGAAGAGACUGAACCGAAAAAGAAGAAACGCAAAUUACUCGGUGGUGGAAAGACACUUUUUGAUGAAGAAGACGGUGAAGCGACCAAACGACCUGCAAAGGUUACUCUUGGUCCGCCUAGGCUGUUAGGCAAAGGGGGGCUUGCUGGACCUAAAGGGGGCCUUGGUGGUACUGGCAGUGGCUUUGGUGCCUUUUCACCGUUGAAGAAGGAUCGAAGGGGUGCAGGGGCAAGCUUCUUGGCCUGAUCUCUCAGACGAUACUUGAUACUUAAUAAAUGUGUACGUUGUAGAUAUUGUGUUGGGGUAAGGGAAAGUCUUUUGGCGUCGGGUAUAGGUGCGGCUGCAUAGGUGGUUGGGUGCUGGGUGCGAUGACAAUCUGUAGUAUCUCGGAAUUGCAUUACGGAUGAUUUUAUCUUCUUGGCUGCUUCUUGUACACAUUUAGUUGUGAUGUAGAGUUGUUUCUACUACUGUUACUCUCCAAGCGGCUGACAGUAAUGAAGAGACCCCUUGAC